GUCUAUCAGUAGGUGUCAGUAGGGAGCGGUGCAGUGUUACAGCCGCCGCUGCAGCAGCAGCAGAGGAAGCGGGUAAACACCACUGUGGAGCUGCAGGGGAGAAAGUGUAGGAGAUGUCGUUCAAGGUGGUGAAGGUGGUGGCUGUCCCAGUAGUUCUGGGGUUCGCCUCGAUCCGGGUUUACACUAUGAGUGAGCCAAAAACAGAACAUCUGCUCUUACCUCGAGAGCUCACAAUUUACUCAACAGAGUCUCAAGAGAGGCUUCACUAUGUGGAUGAACAGCCAGGGGCUUUGCAGAGGGGUCUUGGUAAAGUCCGAGGUGGUCUACAGUCUGCAUUCCUUAACGUAAAAGGUGCAUAUGUUUCGGCUAAAUCAACAGCUGUGAAUCUCUACCAUGGUGGAGAAGAUAUCUACCACUUCCUUAAAGAUCCUCCUUCUGGAUUUGUCCCCAGGGUUGCUCUGAUCACUGUGUCUGGCCUGGCUGGUGUAAUUCUUGCUAGAAAAGGGUCCCGUUUAAAGAGACUGGCACUUCCCUUGAGCAUGAUCACAGCAGGAUUUGCAGUGUGUUACCCAGUACAGACCAUAUCUACACUAAAGGUAAGUGGAAAGAGGAUCUAUGCUGCCUCAACGUGGACAAGCUCAACUGUAUCAUCAUUGUGGAAAUCUCCAGCCAGUUCAGAGCCAACUAAAGAAACUGAGGCUGCAGGAACAGAGGAGAGCUCCCAAGAGGUUCCUCCCCCAACUGAGCCCAGCUUGAUUCCCAUGCCUGAGGCAGAAGCUGCCCCCAACCCUGUUCUCAGUGUCUCAAUAUCUGAGACAGAACAGACUGUACCCUCUGUAGAAGAAGAACUCCUAGUGAAAUCUGACGAGGAAAAGACUGCUGCUGCUGCUGCUUCCUCUUCUAGUGAUGAGACCAAACCAGAGACAUCUUUACAAUCCUCAACAGAGGCUGAAACUGCCACAGUCGUUGCAGAGAAGCGAAACCCUGGAGUUGAUCCUUCACUGAUGGACUUCGGUCAGUCUAACCCAGAGGACGCUGACCUCUACAGCACACGGAGCUGAAAAGAGAAAAAGAGAGAGAGAGAGAGUAAAGGAACACAGCACUCAUCUGUUCACUAAUUACUCAGACAUGCUUUAGGUACCUGGGAGAAUAAUAAUUUAUUGAAGAGUCAGUGUUGGUAAUGAUAAUCAGCAGUACUGAUGUGGGAGAACUUGAAUGAACCUGACAACAGCCUGUAGCUGAACAUUGACCAGAUGAUUGAUUGAUAUUUUUUGUUCAAAUCGCACAGAAUUUGAUAUAAAUAUCAUUUUAAUGUUUCUAAUCUUUGCUCUUUGAUAUUGUUGUUAUUGUCUGUGUAACCGAUCCCAGUCCACUGUUGUUGAAUUCCCAAUAAUGUGUUUCUAAAACUGAAAAAGUAAUUUUAAGUUAUUCUGUCACUUAAAUAAAAGUGUGCCAAAACAUUAUUUGGUUUUGCCUUGUGGAAGGGAUGCCUGAUCUCUCAAGUGACAUCCGUACACUUGUAAAUACAGUAAAUAAAAGUAUUGAAUGUCUCAUUCAAUUUUAUGUUUCA